CACCGCCUUUGAAUUUGAUGAAUAUCAUUGAACUAAGAAGAUACUCUCUGUAAAAACCCGUUGCAAGUUACAUUUCUGCAUUUCAAAGUAUCUUUUUUCUUCAGAUGAUAUCUCGAAUCUUUCUCUAUAUAAUGAUAUAUUUCAAUCAAUUAACUACAUAUAACCUUGCCAUGGAUAACAUCAAUUUAGUGAAAGCAAUCGAAACUUUUAAAUCACUUUUUUAGAAUCAUCUACAAUUCAAGAUGAUAUCAUCAAUAAAAAAGGUAAACAAUUAGCCGAACCUGAACUUCAUAUAUCAUAAAAUUCAAAUAGUAACUUUAGAAAAGUGAACUGAAUCUUUUCUAUUCACAAAUGAAAGUUUACAGCGAAAAUCGAUUUCACCUGUACUGCCAAAUAUUAUUGAAGAUCUUUAUGCACUUCUUAUUGAAUCGUAAAUUCUUCUUCAACAAAAAAAUAAUCACUUUUUAUUUUUCUUUUUUUAAAUAGAUUUUAACAAAUGACAUAUAUCGAGCAAAUUUCAUUAAAAAGGAAUCUUCAACUUAGUAAAUUAAUUUUUUUUCCUUCAAAAACAAACCCUUAUUUCAGAAAAAAUUUUCAUUUCUUACUCAUCUAUUUACUUCAAAAUUACAAAAUUUUUUUCAACAACAAAUUAAUCAAAUAGAAAAUGUUUUAAACGAUCAAAAACAUCAUCAAGAACUAAUUAAAUCUGCACAUAAAUAAAUAACUAAUGAAAUAAAUAUAGAUUCAGAAAAACAAGAAAUAUUUCAUAAUUUAAAUAAUCAAUUCUAUAAAUACAAAAAUGAUUUUAAUCAAAUUCAAAAACAUGAAUACUUUGCAAUUCAACCUAUAUUUCGAACACAUCUUGAAUUAGCUAUUCGAACACUUGAUAUAGAUUUACAACUAAUAGGGCAAAUUUUUAAUGGUAAAACAUUAACAGAUAUUAUUCCUAAUAAACCAUCAAUUAUAAUAAAAACAUCUUUGCAAUCUAUGACACCGAUUGAAUUACAAAUUGAUAAAGAUAUAACAUUGAUUCGUGAUAAUUUAUCAACAAUAGCUAUGAAUAUGAAAAAUUGUCAGACAAUAAUUCAUGAAAAGAAAAUAUCACAAGAUUUACUAAGAAUAGAUAUGGUAAGUUAUUAA